AUCUCCAAGAGCCUUUGCGCCAAGCGCGUCUUUUGAUUGGCUAGCGUAGUAACCCGGAAGUAUGGGGAGUGAGUGACGUCUCAGCAUGGCGACCGGGAGUGACCGCUUGGCCGGGGCCGGGCUGGUGGCGUUUAGCUCUGCGCUCUUCCUGUAUUACACUGUAUGGGUCAUCUGCCUGCCGUUCAUUGACAGCGACCAUGUGAUUCAUUCCUUCUUCCUUCCCCGCGAGUACGCUGUGCUGCUGCCCCUGUUGGCGGGGCUCAUUCUCCUCCUUCUCAUGGGUGUCUUUGUAACGUAUAUCAUGUGGAAAAGUCGGAGUCCGAAAAAUAAGUCCCAGUGAAGACGUGCGCUGGUUACUGGACCCUUUUUAUGUGACUGAUAUCAGCUGCAACCGUUUCCACCCCCCCUGAUGACAGCAGAACUGCACAUCAUGGGAUUCUAUUCCUCUCCAUUAUAAUGCUCUGAUAAAUACCGCCACCUGGUGGCUGAACUGUGUUAUGACCGGUGCAGAUUUAAGAUUUUUCUUUUUCGGAGAUAAAGAUCUGCCUUUGCCCUCAGAUGACUGUUUAUGAUGCUUAUGGACCCUGAUAGAAGCCCUCGUGCAGUUAUUGGACAGGAAUAGCACAUUGGUUAUUGUAUAAUACAUACGUUAUUGAUUAGGUAUUAAAAUGCAUCGAAGAAGGGACAAGCUCAGCUGACUGUAAUGCUAACUUUCGAUCUGUUUCAUUCUGGAAGAAAGGACUUUUAAUAAAUCUAUAUGCAAAUGAGCAGUUAAGUGCACCGACCCAAACCGCUCUGUGCACUUUGGCUCCUCUUGCUUUCUCUUCCAGCUUCUCCCUUUCCGUCUUGAUUGACUGGACCAGGUUCUUGCAGAGUCAUCUCACGUAGCAGAGGAAGCAGGACGAGCCAGGGUGCACCGAGUGUCUUGGGCCCGCCCUCAGUGCACUUUACUUCUCAUUUCACUGUGGAUUAAAAAUUAAAAGCACCUUUUUUUCCCCCAGAAUGAAGCAACGGAUCGUUCAGUGAAAAGUAUCAUUACAUUCGCCUGAGCUAGCCCUACAAGACAAUGUGCCGGUGAAUUUCCUGGCAACAUUCCCUUUAAUUGAAAAUAAUUGUGCCCCACAGAUGACGUCGGUCCCUAGUGAAUUAAUAGGCAGCAUUAGGAUAUAGCUGUUAUUUCCCCCUCUCUGUGUUCCGACCACUGAAAUACCAUGAAGGGAAAUGUAGCAACCAAUGCAUUUGUUAAUAAAGGAUUCUUAUAUAUUG